AGGGUAUUUUAUAUGCUGUGGUUUCUUUGCAGUACGUACCAGCAUUUCAUUUAGCCUUUUUAAAUGUAUUAUGUAGAUCGGCAGAGGCCAGCCCUGACCCUAGAGAGCCAGAUAAUCGCUUAAUGGAUCUUUUAAAGCUGUUGAUCACAGUUAGCACACCUUACCUCACCUGUUUUUUGGUGCAAAUUGAUUGCUAAUUGAAAACAACACCCAGCAGAUCUUGCAGCCCUACCAAUGGCUUCACUUACAAACAUUCUGUAGAAACCAGUUGCAAAUGGAUUUAAGUGUAAAGAUGUUUCAGCUGACAACAGGACGUUUGGGAAGUCUCUUGACAAAGCGCAUGAUGACGGUGGCAACUAGCACUAGCGCAAGGAUGUCAAGUCAUGGACAUGAGGUCUCGGAGCAAACCGAUAUGUCCUUGCCAAUGUAUUGGGACCGCACGGACCGCCCAUUGCCAGACAAACCGUACCAGGACACCCUUUCUGCGUCCGAGAAGAGCCUGAAACAGAAGGAAAAGGGUCCCUGGAAUCAGCUGUCCAAUGAGGAGAAGCUGGCCUUGUACAAGCUGAAGUUCAAUCAGACCUAUGCGGAGAUGACUAAGCCCUCCAGUGAGUGGAAGACUGUGAUCGGGGCCAUCUGCGUCUUCCUCGGCCUCACGGGCCUCGUGAUCAUCUGGCAGCGACAUUUCGUGUUCCCACAGCGGCCACGCUCCUUCGAGGAAGACUGGCAGGCAAAGCAGGUCCAGAGGAUGCUCGAUAUGCGUAUGAACCCGGUGGAGGGCUUCUCCGCCAAGUGGGACUACGAGAAGAAGCAGUGGAAGUAGAGCAGGGGGCCUUCCCUCAGAACAGCUCAAAGUUCUGACCUUCACCUCAACAGCCUUGUGACUUCAUCAGUAAACCACUGUCCACUA